GUGGGAGGUUCCCGUCUCCAUAACAUUGAAUGAAGACUCAACAGCUCAGUCAUUCCCGAUGACACGCCAGCACGCCGGAACUAAAAUGCCGACGGUCAAGUUUCCCGGGCGGACUCGACACUCAGUUAACGACGGAUCGAUCGACUGCUUUGGCCUGGCGGAAACCUAGCGGGAAGGAACCGCCCCCGGAGUCAGGGGCGAAGCGGUGAGUCGAGCACGGCUUCCUGCGAGCGGGAGCUGGGGCCGCGGGGACUCGGGAAGUCGCCGGCCUGUGCAGCUGGGUGACCCAGCGGGUGGAAGGGGCUAAUUAUGCUUCCCCAUGCCGUGAAGCGCGCCUUGCACAAGAACAAGACGCUCCGUUACGGAGUGCCCAUGCUGUUGCUGAUUGUUGGAGGUUCUUUUGGCCUCCGUGAGUUUUCACAAAUCCGUUACGACGCUGUGAGGAUUAAAAUGGAUCCAGAAUUAGAGAAGAAACUGAAGAUGAGCAAAGUGACACUGGAAUCAGAGUAUGAGAAAAUAAAGGACUCUGCUUUUGAUGACUGGAAGAAUAUUCGAGGACCCAGGCCUUGGGAAGAUUCUGACUUCGUUCAGGGGAAGAAUCCAGAAGCCCAGAAGACUACGAAACCAUGACUGUGCUGAUGCAUUUUUAAAAAACCUCAAAACUGUUAAUCUGGAAUUCCCUUACAACUUCCUAUCCACUAGGAGGAUAAUUCCAGACCUGCAGAAGAAGACUGUGUGUGAGUAGUCGGAUGGUGGUAGUCCUGGUGAAGCAGAUUUUCAUAUUUGUCAGCUCUUACGUCUGCAGAUGAAUCUAACAGUGCUUCCAGUGUGUAUCUGUACAUUCAAUAAAAGUGUGACUACUACA